CCUCCGCCGUACGGGUAGAAAAGUUCGAGAUAGGAACCAUUUUAAGAAUGCAAAUGUUCAAAGGGAUACUCGUGCUUUUAUUUGGCAUAUUACUAUGCACUGAAAUAGCACAGUCUCAUGAGGAAGUAAAGAAAGAAGAGGAGAAUCUAUCAUCGGAGGAGGAAGAAAACCCCGAAGCUAACUCAAUACAAGGUCGCAAGAAACCAAAAUCUAAAGAAGAGGCAGAAGCCGAACAUAAAACGCUUUACCCUGAAGAAUAUUCAGAUGGUGUCCAGGGAGAUAUGGAUUUGACCCCAACUGAGCUUGCCGAAUUAAAGAAUAUUGCAGCACAAGAUAGAGAACUGAAUGCUAACUUUGGUAAAUACAGAGCCGUUGCUCUUAACAGUGCCUAUUGUGCGCACUACUGCUGGAAAUAUUAUGGCACUGGCAUAGUUUACUAUUACGUCCCUGAUGAUUUCAGAGGCAGAACUGCAGAGGAAGGAAAUGGUACAAAUACUCCUCUACAGGUCCUCAGAGCUGCGAUGGAUGAAAUAGAAGAGGCUGCAUGCAUUAACUUUAUUGAAUACAAAUCAGGCGAUACACCACGUCCUUAUUACGUUUUGGUCGAAUACGGAACCGGAUGCAGUGCUGAGCUCGGACUAAGGUACAAGAGCGGUCAAAAGCUGUCUUUGGGUCAAUAUUGCACGCUCAAAAUCGGCACGGCCAUUCAUGAGGUGCUCCAUACUCUAGGCUUCUACCACGAACAUACGCGAGAGGAUAGAGAAACCUCCAUUGACCUACAUCUCGAAAAUGUAGACGCAGCCAAACUCAACAAUUUUGAAAAAGUAAGUGAUGUUUAUGUGGACAGGAGUGACGAUUAUGACUGUGGGUCUGUAAUGCACUACUCACCAAUUUCAUUUAGCAAGGACAAACUAACGCCCGUGAAAACAAUUACAGGAAAGACAUCCGCUUGUGAGCAAAAAAUGGGACAGAGAGAUGGACUUAGUGCUUCAGACAAAAUCAAAUUAGUUCAAACUUAUGGAGCCAGGUCAUGUCGCCCAAGAUAGUGUAGGGCGGAUCUAGAAGAACGAUGCUGUAGUAAACUGCCUGCUAUAGUUAAACUCAGGAUGAAUUUUCCAUGUAUUAAGAGAAAUAAAUAUUAUGAGUAUUUUAUUGAAAAUAGUACCAUGAA